AUGAGCUUCGAUACAACCGAGGUGGAUCGCCAGGUGCCCGAGGUGGACCGCGGGAUUGUACCAGAUGCAUCCACGGCACUGCUUACAGUUAAGAUUGGGGAUGUCUCGCGUACAUCCCGCAAACAUUUGACCGUCACAACUUUUGGAUUUUUAGUGUCUGAGGGCCUGGACGUAUUUCGUGCUAAGGUGGACUCGUGUACUAACAAGGCACUGGAAAAUGUCCAUGGUCACCCGUACGUUCGGGAGGACAUGGGCCUGUACAUGCGACCAGGCGCUCACUCAAAGCAGGCAGAGUUGGUUCAGAUCACGUUCAGCAACUUUGAGAGUCGUGUAGCCAGAAGCUAUAAAAACUAUCUUAAGCGUAAGACGGAGGAUUCGUUUCGCUGCGAGGUUUAUGUGUACGUUAAGAAGAUUGAACCAUUGCGACGCCGGCGAAUGAAGGAUAUACUAGAGAGCAAGAAUGCAUCGGAUUUGCUUAGGGACUUUACGCAAAGUCAAGGGAUGAGCUCAAACGGUGAGCCUUCGGGAACUUUGAAGCGAAAGCAUUCCAUAGGCUCUGAAGAAGAUGAACGUUGUCAUUCUCUACAGGAUGUAGCAUUCUACCACACAGUGCGAAUGAUUGUAAACGGAGUUAUUGUACCUGUACAAGUUAACGUGCAGGAUCUACUUGCGUGCUUCGGAUCAUUUCAGCAGCAGACACUCGGUCCUGGUACCAGCGUGGAAGCUCAUGAAAGUGAUGAUAUUGGUGCAGAAGGAAGCAAUUUUCAUGAGUGA